CAGUGUCCGCUGCGCCGGUGUCCGCUGCGCCCGUGUCCGCUGCGCCCGUGUCCCCUGCGCCCGCCGCUGCCCAGCACGGUCUGAGCCAUGCCUCUUCACGACACGCUGCAACCCCGUCAGGCCGGGCGCCGGGUGUUCGUGGUGGGGGUUGGGAUGACCAAGUUCUUCAAUCCUGGAGCAGCGAAUUCAAGAGACUAUCCCGACAUGGCAAAAGAAGCAGGCCAGAAGGCUUUAGCUGAUGCACAGAUCCCUUAUUCAGCAGUGGAACAGGCGUGUAUUGGUUAUGUUUAUGGUGACUCUACCUCUGGGCAGAGGGCUAUCUAUCACAGUUUGGGACUGACUGGAAUUCCUAUAACGAAUGUCAACAAUAACUGUGCUACUGGUUCUACUGCUUUGUUUAUGGCUCGACAGCUGAUUCAGGGUGGUAUGGCAGAUUGUGUCUUGGCUCUUGGGUUUGAGAAGAUGGAGAAAGGAUCUAUUUCAAUGACUUUUACAGAUAGGACCAAUCCAUUAGAUAAGCAUGUUGAGGUCGUGGCCAAUAGCUGUGGAUUGUCUGCUCACCCGUUUGCGCCUCAGAUAUUUGCGAAAGCUGGAAAAGAGCACAUGGAAAAAUACGGAACAAAACCUGAACACUUUGCAAAAAUUGGAUGGAAAAAUCAUAAACAUUCUGUUAAUAACCCGUAUUCCCAGUUCCAAAAGGAAUACACUUUAGAUGAAGUGAAGACAUCACGACAAGUUUUUGAUUUUUUGACUAUCUUACAAUGUUGCCCCACUUCAGAUGGUGCUGCAGCAGCAGUUUUGGCUAGUGAAGCAUUUGUACGGAACUAUGAUUUACAAUCCAAAGCUGUGGAAAUUGUGGCACAAGAGAUGGUGACUGAUUUUCCAAGUUCAUUUAAAGGAAACAGCAUUAUUAAAAUGGUUGGAUUUGAUAUGAGUAAAGAAGCUGCCAGGAGGUGCUAUAUGAAAUCUGGCCUAAAACCAACUGAUAUUGAUGUAAUAGAACUUCAUGAUUGCUUUUCUGCCAAUGAACUCAUUACUUAUGAAGCACUGGGACUCUGUCCAGAAGGACAAGGUGGAAAACUGGUUGAUAGAGGAGACAAUACUUACGGAGGAAAGUGGGUCAUAAAUCCUAGUGGUGGAUUGAUUUCAAAGGGACACCCACUGGGAGCUACAGGUCUGGCUCAAUGUGCUGAACUCUGCUGGCAGCUGAGAGGGGAAGCCGGAAAAAGGCAGGUUCCUGGUGCAAAGGUUGCUCUUCAGCAUAAUUUAGGCCUUGGAGGAGCUGUAGUUGUCACGCUGUACAAGAUGGGUUUUCCUGAAGCCGCCAGGUAAGGGACAUCCUAUUUU